CCAAUCAAUCAUGUCGGCAAGUAAGGCGAAGACACAUAUCAACAUUGUCGUCAUUGGUCACGUCGACUCUGGAAAGUCAACAUCAACUGGUCAUUUGAUCUACAAAUGUGGUGGAAUCGACAAAAGAACCAUCGAGAAAUUCGAGAAGGAAGCAGCUGAGGUGGGGAAGGGUUCCUUCAAGUAUGCCUGGGUUUUGGACAAACUGAAGGCUGAGCGUGAACGUGGUAUUACAAUUGACAUUGCUUUGUGGAAGUUUGAGACCACCAAAUACUAUGUCACAGUUAUUGAUGCUCCCGGACAUAGAGAUUUCAUCAAAAACAUGAUCACUGGUACAUCUCAAGCUGAUUGUGCUGUGUUGAUUGUUGCUGCUAGUACUGGUGAAUUUGAAUCUGGUAUCUCAGCCAACGGUCAGACCAGAGAACACGCCUUACUGGCUUACACGCUUGGUGUCAAACAGAUGAUUGUUGGAGUCAACAAGAUGGACAACACCGAACCACCAUACAGUGAACCUCGUUUUAAUGAAAUAAAAAAAGAAAUCGGCGGUUAUUUGAAGAAAGUGGGAUACAAUCCGAAAGCCGUGGCUGUUGUUCCUAUUUCCGGUUGGAAUGGAGAUAACAUGGUUGACGACUCCGAUAAGAUGCCGUGGUACAAAGGGUGGGACAUUGAAAGGAAAACAGGAAAUGUCAGUGGAAAAACCUUGCUUAAUGCUCUUGAUGCUAUCUUACCUCCAGAGAGACCAUCACAGCUAGCACUUCGACUCCCACUUCAGGAUGUGUAUAAAAUAGGAGGUAUUGGAACAGUGCCAGUAGGUAGAGUAGAAACUGGAAUCAUCAAACCAGGUAUGAUUGUUACCUUUGCUCCAGCUAACAUCAGUACUGAAGUAAAAUCAGUAGAAAUGCACCACGAGUCUCUCCCAGAAGCUUUACCAGGAGACAAUGUUGGUUUCAACGUAAAGAACGUCUCUAUCAAGGAAAUUCGUAGAGGAAUGGUAUGUGGUGACAGCAAAAAUGACCCACCCAAGGGAGCCAAAAGUUUCAUUGCACAGGUUAUUGUGUUAAAUCACCCUGGUGAAAUACAUGCUGGUUAUCAACCCGUCUUGGAUUGUCAUACCGCUCAUGUAGCCUGCAAGUUUUCAGAGUUGAAAGAAAAGAUAGACAGAAGAAGUGGUAAAGUUCUGGAAAUAAAUCCAAAAAUGGUCAAAUCUGGAGAUGCCGCCAUUGUUAACAUGCUACCAUCAAAGCCUAUGUGUGUUGAAUCCUUCCAAACAUAUGCCCCUUUAGGACGUUUUGCUGUCCGAGAUAUGAGACAGACCGUCGCCGUAGGCGUCAUCAAAGAGGUCACAAAGGUUGAAGCUUCCGAAGGAAAACAAACCAAAUCUGCAAAGAAAGCCAACAAAAGCUAAAGUGAACACGUGAUAUAACUUGCCUCUAUACUAUAUUUAUUUAUUGAACAAAUUCCCGAAUGUGUAUCGUACAUUUGGAAGAAGAACAUUUUACUUUAAAGGAAGAGAAAAAAGGCCUACCGACACUGUUAUGUGUCAUGAAUCGAGAAACUUACGUUGCAAAUAAAAUUAUAUAUGUUUAUGCAUAGUACCAAAUCCCGUCCAAUAUUUAUUUAUUGAAAUUAUCAAAUAAAAUUAUAUAUGUGGAAAAGAA